AUGGCGCACGAUAGCAGUCCGACAUAUUCAAUAUCUUCCACUUACUCACGGCGGAGUAAACAAUCACAAGGCUCACUCUCGUUUCUCCCUUCAACAGUGUACCGCUCAGAACAACGAGAAUAUCCCAGCUCACAGGUCAGGCACCCAUCAUAUCGAGGAAACAUCUGGGUAUCUCCAUUUCGUUCAGUGCGGAAAAUGAAGGAACCAUUCCAGCUGGUCCUGCCGACUUCUCCGUCUCUCGAAAGCACCCGGUGCAGUAGGAAAGGGAGCAGGAAAGAGAGCCCCCCGAACAGGUUUCCGACCCUGCGCGCAUGUCAUUCAGAUCAGCAUCUGGUAGUGGGAGCUCUCGAGUCAUUUGGUCUACUUCCGAGUCCUAGUCUGUCAGACUCACGGAUGCUGGGUCCGUCGUCGCCGGUCGAGCGUUCAGAAUUCGAGUUUGAUGUAAAGAGUGACCGAAGUUCUCCCAUAAUUAUCCAGAGCUAUUCGAGUGAUGGAAAGAGCUGCGUCGGCAGUGCUGAUAGCACUUACGAACCAAAACAAGAACAGCUAGCAACAAGCAAGGCAGUAUCGGACGUGGAAAUGGAAAUGGAAACACCAACCGUUGUGGAGCAUCAGCAGUCUGAUAUCAAGCGAGAGGAUGGAAAUGAGAUGACCGAUGACAUUGCACCGGAAGUGACUGCCAAAGUAGCCUCUCCGCCUGCUGAGUCCACUGAAUAUGACACUUCUCCUGGGACCUCCGGUGAUACCAAGACACGAACUCGGAACGAUACUUUCUCGAGUGAAGCAAGCUGGGUUCCAGCCAAUCUAUCUUACUGUGAAACUUGGCUCCAAGGCGUACCACUAUCGACACCAGAUCGUCUUGAUGGGAAGACCAAGGAAAUGAAUCGGCGCAAGUGUCAAAUAGUGCAGCAGGGUCGCAAGCCUGUUAACCUACGGAUUGACACUCAGAUUGCUAACCAGCAACCGGUGAGAUACGCUACUCUUGCCAGCAAGACGAAACCAAAAUUAGUAGACAUCUCCAGGCGCUCCUCCUCCGCCACAAGUUAUUCAGUGCCAAUUCACAUGGCAUUAUCUGCCCGGAGACCGUCGACUCCCAACCAGCGGCCUUACGAGAUAUCCGCUUUCAGCCCGGAUACACCGCCUGAGAUUCCUGAUAGCGGAUACAUCAUUCAAUCGAAUCGCUCGUCUGAAAAUAGUCGUGCCACCGAGGACGACGAUGCAUUGAGCGAUAUCGCAGAGACCGACAUAAUCGGUACUUUUGACCUUGAUCUAAAUACACAGUCGCCCACUGCUAUCACGAAACCAUGGGCAGUAAAAGCCCCGGCCACUUCAUCCUAUGAUAACUACCCUCGCUCCCCGGCUGAGGACCAGAGCCCGAAGCCCCCAAGUCCCAAACUUCAAAGCCCUCCGCUUAUAUCAACCCACCAGGAUCUGUGCGAUCAGGAAACACUCGAAAAGUGGUGGGACUACGAAUGGACACUCGACCAGCUUGAGCUGUCGGUGAAGAAUUUCCCCGCCUCUCCAUUGACUCUCACCUCACCGGUGAUUAUCCUCCUGAGACAAAACGACGAGAAAGCGUUGCUCAGACCUUUCCGAAAGAUCUUUCCGGGAAUUAAGGAACCUCUCCUUGGGUCUCUUUGUGCUACCUUGAUCGCACGGAACUAUCUUGUAUCUAUGGCUGGCUCACAUCGCCGCAACAGCUCUCUGUCCGCGGGAACCACUACACUAUCCCGCCUAGAUAGUGUGCCGGAAAAGGCGCGAGCUACCCUGGGACUCCAAUUCCAAAACCCCUCUCACGGGCGCUUCUCUGGACGGCUCAUAAGCUCGCGCAGCAUCGAGGUUCGUAAGGGCCUCGAUCGUAUUAUUGAUCACUUGUUCUUGAAGAUCUGCGGCCGGUCCGACGAGACUUUGAAGACAUCCGUUACUGUCCUAACGCAGGUCCUCGAAACGAAGGCAUGA